GCUAAUGCUGAGAAAGAGGAAGUGAGAAGGAGGUGCUGAAAGCCCCACGAAACGCAGCACAGUCCACAGCACUCUGAGAAGGGGAAGUGUGAGCAACAGCAAAGUUCACUCAACACAAGUCUGAAAACUGAGACGAGCAGAUUAUUCUCCCCAACAGGUCUGAUCAGAAGUGUUACAGAAUGGCUCAAGGCUGCCUCAAGUGUUUAAAGUACACCAUGUGUUUUGCCAACUUCCUUUGUUUUUUAUGUGGUGUGGCGGUGCUCGGCUUCGGUGUGUACUUGAUGGUGAGCUUCAAGAUGACUGCGCUCACCCCGACCUUGGCCAAGUUCAACUCAGCCAACAUGCUGCUGGUCAGUGGCAUCGUCAUCACCUGUGUGUCCUUCCUGGGCUUCCUAGGUGCUCUGAAGGAGAACCGCUGUCUCCUCCUGACGUUCUUCCUGCUGCUGUUCCUCCUGAUGCUGGUGGAGCUGACUGCAGCAUGCUUGCUCCUCAUGUAUGAGAGCGAGAUCGCUUCACUGGUGAAGGAUGAUCUUCAUGAUGGGUUAGAGAAGGCAAAAGGAAAGAUAAAGGAAAAAAGCAACUCAACAAGUGAGGCCAUAACUGAGUGGGAUGUUCUUCAGACACAGUUGGAUUGCUGUGGUGUCAAUAAUAAAACAGACUGGGGAGAGAACGUGCCAGCCUCCUGCUGCCAGAGCAAUUGUGACACCCAAAAUCCCGAGUACCAAGAAAAGGGUUGUGUGGAAAAGUUGAAGAACCUGUUUGAAGAGAAUUUCCUAACCACUGGGAUUUCUGUCAUUGUCCUCUGCAUUAUCGAGGUCCUGGGAAUGUGUUUUGCCAUGACACUCUUCUGCCACAUCAGUAGAUCUGGACUGGGCUACAAGUUAUAGACAAUAUUCUCUUAAACAAUAUAUUUUUUUAUCUACAUGUUUUAAGGUUAAUUUUGUUGUACAGUAUUGUCCUUUAAAAAAUCAUAUUUGCAGAUGGCUGAAAAGGUGUUUUCUGGAAAAGGCUUAAGAUCAGAAAAUAAUUUUGUGAGGACAAAACUAUGAUUUUAUUAAUUGUUUUACCAUGAUCACAAAAUACUUUGAGCUUAACACAGAACGAACAUUUUCUGUUACUCGAAAAUGAAACAAAAAUGUUUCAGACAUGACAACUCAGGCCUUUUGUAAGUGUGAAUGAUCACGCUAUGUAAAAUGCUAUUUCAGUCUGAGCUGUGUGAAAUGGAAGCCGCUUGUUGUUCCUUUUAACGUCCCUACAUUGUACAUCUUCUGAAGGAAAUGAUUAUGAAAAGCAGCUGUUCGUGUAAAAUAUUACCUAUCUACUCAAACUUUCACCUGCAAACUUUUCAAAAAUAGUAAGUUUUGGAAAUCCUACAAUAUACCAAUAAAAUAUUGUUUAUAGUAUAAA